AUGUGCCAGACGCUUCAAUACGAACAUUUAGGAAAGUUACUUCAGAUACAGGAACAACUUGGAAAUUAUGAACUUAUCAAACCGUCUAGAAGGUUCAUCAAGGAAGGAGAACUAUGCAAGUUAAGCAGAAAAGAAAACCAACUACGUCACUUUAUAUUGUUGAACGAUUGCCUCCUCUACACAACGUUCUAUGGAAAAAUGACUGGAUUUCGGGUGAAAUAUGAAUCACCUUUGAGCGGAAUGAAGGUGACCGUACCUCAGAGUGCUGAUUGUCGAACGGAAUUCAGUAUUAUUUCUAGCACAAGAAGUUUCACACUGAGAGCCAAAGUGGAGAUGCCUCUGGAGGCGGCUCCAUAGACUCUCUGCCAGGUGCUCUCUCCAAACAACAGCACAGUAUCGUCAGCAAAUGAGAAUACCACACCUCCAUUCAGGUCUAAUCUGAGUAUCUCAUUUACAUAAAGAAGGAAUAAGAUUGGUGAUAAGACUGUUCCCUGAGGGAGACCAUAACCGGAGAGAGGCAGAUCACUCACACAGUCAUCAAGUGUAAGAAUUUGUGAUCUAUGUGCAAGGUAGCUCUGGAACAAUCUCAGAGUUGUACCUCUGAUUCCUGCUCGAUCCAGUUUAUUUAGUAGUUGGUUGUGAGCCACAGUAUCGAAAGCCUUGGCUAGAUCAAGGAAAACCGCAAUUGUUUUCUUUCCC